AUGCCGCCACUCUAUACCAGUCUUUCAGCGAAGAAAAAGCAUGCUUUAGAUUUCGGCAGAUUCCUCUGCCAGAUAUUCCAAAAGUAUAUGGAAGAUGACAACGAUGCUGCGAUAUGCGAUAAACUUAACAGCAUCAACAGACGAAUAAACUACAUAUCUGACAUUGAGGUUCUAGGCGUUCCUUCGUCUGAGGAUCAAGAAUCAUUAGAUUCAAUAGGGACGCAGUUGUGGAAUAUGUGUACACGACUUAUUAGGAAAGACUGGGGAAAACGGGAACAUCUCCUUGUUUUUUCAUCUGCCAGGGCUUUUUCGUUUCUCAUGAUUGAUCUUGGAACGGGAAAAGGAGCUAGGGGGGCUGAUUCAGAAGAAUUUACAGAUGAUAUGAGGCUACUCAAAGUGGCCUUAACCACGGCACAGGGUUGUCUAGAUAUCGACCAACUGGAUCUCUGUUUGAGGGUACUUGAGAAAGCCGCGUCUCGAGAAGAAGCGUUGUCAAGGCGCAAUCAGAGAAGCGUCACUCCUGUCGAAAGUGUUCCUAAAUAUUCUACUGAAUACUAUAUUCUGCGCGUCGCACUGUCAUGGCGUCGAAAUCAAAUAGAUGUUAUGGAACAUAUGUUUUCUAAGCUCGAUGCUGCAUAUUUAAAUCAUAGUCCUACCAUUGCUGAGCGGCUGGCUGUGGUCCUUUACGACAUUGGAAAGUCCAUGUUGAGUCAGGGUAAACAUGAAUGGGCUUCCCUAUGGCUAGAAAGGUCCUAUGAUGCGUUAAACCAACAUGAAAUUGGGCAACUUGGUCAGCAUGCUACAGAACUCCGGCUAGCGGUGCUUCUUGGGAGAGUUCGGGCGAAUUUGUCAUUGCAACACGAGGACGGCGAAGCUGUUGUUGCAAGUUUACUUCAUAUACUUGAACAAGAGUACGGAAAUCGACUUUCAGUCAUCAUCUUGAACCUGGUCGUUAUCAGCAAAGAAGCCUCCCCGGACAGUCAACGAUAUUAUGAAAAGCUAUCCCUUCUCACGCGGACGGCUCCUGCUACCGCUUCUAAUUUUAAAAUGAUAACCCGCCACAUCCAUCGAUUAAACAAGUGGAAUUCGGAAAUGGCGAGCAAUGCAAUGGAAAAUCUACUUCUACCGAGAUUGAUUUUAUAUAACGACGUUCCCCUAUUGGAAAGAUAUUUUGUCACGUAUGUUUGGAUGCAAACUGCGUUGGAAGGAUUUACAAAUGGCCUUGAUUCUCUUUUGUCCGCUGCAGAGAAGCUGAGCGCAUCAUUAAGGAAAUCGCUGACCGAGGAGGCUGCCCAAGCGUCUUUAAUUCUCCUGUGGAAGAAAUGCAAUAUCGUUUUUGAGCAAAAGGAGUAUGAUGUUGUUGAAAAAUGGUGCCUGCUGGCCCAGCAUGCGAUUUUUGAAAAUGCAGGGGAAUCGAACAAGUCCAAAAUCCGUAGGAGAAUAAUCCUUUGCGCGUUGGAGAAAAGGGAUGCCGCAAGGGCACGUCAGAUCCUUCACCAAAUGUCAGAAGCGUCACGAUCUGAUGGGUUGACACAAUAUCUGAUGUAUAGAAUUGCAUUACUGGACAAUAAUGCGGAAUUAGCAAGAGAAUGUCUUGAAAUCCUGUCCAAGCAAGAUGCCGGGGCUGAGAACUAUAUAUUGGCAUGCGUUGCCGAAUCACGACAUUUUGACGAUAAAAGCCAGGAAUUUAUGGCUCUACAGGUUCUCUUAGACAUGCUUGAUAAGAAAUCGAUAGUUGGGAUUCAUUUACCAGAACUCCUCCGAUGUACUAUCCGCCUUCUAAUCGCAGAGCUGGAUGCUGACAGGCCACAAAAGCCAGAGGUCAUAGAAAGCAUUUGCAGAGUAUUUGAGAUAUCAUUUGCAAUGGCUAUCAGAUCUCGUAUUCAGGGGAACGGUAGCCCCUUUUCAGUCAUUGAGUUGGAAUGGUUUUCUCGCAACAGCUAUAAUCUCGCCGUGCAGUAUUGCGCGAAAUGGGAUACACAUCUUCUGCUGUCUCUGGUGGACACAAGUAUCAAAUUCCUCGAUAUGUAUCCUUUAGACCUGAAUCCCAAACAACGAAAUGGUAUUACUAUGCGAAGGCUUUUUUGCCACUUUCUGGGAGCAAUACUAAGCAUAGCUCAAGCCCGCACGGAGGCUGAUACUACAGUUCAGCGUGAUUAUUACCUAGACUCCAGAAACCAUAUUCAAAGCUUUCGAGGAAUUUUGGGUGCCGAAACCACAGACUGGGAAGGAAAGCAUCGAGACAAUUUUCUAAAAAGGCACCGUACACUGCUGGCUUUCGACUUUGAAGCUGCAGCCCGACUACACCAGUGGGAAAGCCUCGAUGAAAUCAUCAGUGAAUCUGAACAUUACGCAGAUAAUAUGUUAUAUGGCACUUUUUCAGAUGCUUUGCUCUGCUCCGACACACCAAUUGAGAAUGCUACGCGGGUUUUACAGCAAAUAACGACACAUAUAAUCCGCCGCAACCAAGCACAUGACACCAGUAAACUCUCCCGCUGGAUUCGGUGCCACUUUCAGCUUGCCCUAGACUCGAACGUCGAGAUGGCAGAGAGUGUGCUCGACCAGGCCUACGCAUUAGCAAGGGAGAGCCAAGGGAGGUAUCGACACGGAGAGCAAAGACAGCAGCAAGGAUCUUCAAAUUCCUUGUCAUGUUACCCAGAGGAUGAGCUAGAAUGGCUCUCCACGACGGCGUUUAAUCGUGCUGUGGAUUUCUAUAUGAAACCUGAUGAUGCUUCGUGUCGUCGGUGGGCGCAGAAGGCGCUGGACUUGGCGGGGUUGAUGCAUGAUGGGGGUUUGUUGUAUAAGGUGCUCAGGGAGAAGUUAGAGGGUUUGAAAUGGGACUGA